AAAACACAGUUGUGUGAGUCUCACUCACUCUCUCCCACAAACUUUAACUUAUUUCUUGUUUAUUACACACCAUUCACUCUCAUACACCAUCUAUCAAGACUGCAAUUACGCAGCUAACCCGUGGCCCGUGGCCUGGUAGGCAACGCUCUCGCAACAGUUGGUGUUCCCAGGCGGUCACCCAUCCAAGUACUAACCAAGCCCAACGUUACUUAACUUCGCUGAUCGGACGAGAAGCGGUGCAUUCAACGUGGUUAAUGGCAGGGGUGCCAGUAACACGUUAAGAGACAACACGAGUAGUAUGCAGCUGAGGUUGAUGUAUGGAGCUCUGGUGGUGUGGGUGGGGAUGGCCAGUUUGGCAUCCUUCGUUACUGCUACUGUCCGUGAACCCAAAGUCAAUUUCUACUUCAAUAACUCGCUCAUCAGCAUCAUUGAUCUUAAAGAAGGUGAAGAGAAACAGGUCACCUUCUAUAUUAAUGAUCUGCCUUCACAGGUCUUUGGGGACUUGUUAAUAAAAGAUGAGAGUGAUGGCUACUUGAAUCACCUUAUGAUAGCACCUAGCAAGAUUUCCUUGAAUACUUCCAUCAAUAAAGCAGAGGAUGAAGUCUCAGAGAAUGGCAUAUUUGAAGGAUCAUUUAAUGUUACUGGCAGAUUCCUUGGCUUUACUAAUAUCAAGAUGGUGCUCAUUGGUGGCAGUGACAAUGAACUGAUUGUUGGUAAACCCAUGCUUGUCAAGGUGCAACGAGGAGAGCGGGUACUAGACAAAAUCUUCAUUCAUGUUGUUAUUGCUCUUGUGAUUGUGGUGUAUAUCAAUAUGGGCUGUGCUAUAGACCUUAAGGUCAUCAAAGACACGCUCCGGCAUCCUGUAGCUCCUGCGAUUGGCCUCUUCUCACAGUACUUGUUUAUGCCACUAAUAUCUUAUGCUAUUGGCUAUGGAAUCUUCUAUGACACGCCAGAAAUGUGGCUUGGACUGUUCUUAACUGGGUGCUCUCCAGGUGGUGGUGGAUCCAACAUGUGGACAUACUUACUGGGUGGCUCCCUUGACCUCUCUGUCACCAUGACUUUCAUCUCUACUGUUGGUGCUUUUGCUGCUCUCCCACUCUGGGUGUAUGCACUUGCCAGAACCAUCUUUCAUGAUGGUCACUUUUCUCAGCUUCCAUACAAGAAUAUUGCUAUGUUGGUAGUGGGACUGGUGCUACCUCUCUCCAUUGGUCUGUUGAUAAAGAGGUGGUCUCAACGUGUUGCAGAUGUCUUGAAGCGCCUCCUUAAGCCUAUCUCCAUUAUCUUUAUUAUCUUCAUCAUGACUUUUGGAGUGUAUGCAAAUUUCUACAUAUUUGCUUUCUUUAACUGGAGGGUGGCAGUGGCAGGUGUGUUGUUGCCAUGGCUUGGCUUCCUGUUUGGUGCGGUAGCCUCCCUUGUCUGUCGUCGUAACGUGGAGGAGUUAAUUGCUAUCAGUAUUGAGACUGGUGUUCAGAAUACUGGACUGUCUAUUGGUAUUCUUAAGGUAGCUUUGAAGGAAUAUGCUCCUCUGGGGGAUAUUACCAUUGUGAUCCCUAUUGCUGUUGCAACCAUGACACCGAUACCACUCACCAUUGCUUACAUCAUCAAACGCAUUCUGGCUUGCACAAUGAAAUCCAGGAAGCUGGAGUUUGGGCAUCUUUAUAACACAAGGAAUGAUACACCAAUGUCUGCCAGUAAUUCCAACACGCCACUUCAGUAGGACGUUAUGGACAUCUCCAAUGUCUUGUUAGCCUAAUGAUGUUUCUUUUGGUUAUAAGUGUAUAUACAAAGUUUUUCUGUGUAUGUAUACUACACAGCAAGGAUAUUUGUUUCCCCUACAUCAAAUAGCUAGUUAUAUAACUACUGUAAUGUUUUUAAAAUAAAUAAAUAAAUAGACAA